ACUGCGGAUAUAGUACAGGAGAUGGCCAGAGACUGCGGACAUAGUACAGGAGAUGGCCAGAGACUGCGGACACAGUACAGGAGACGGAGCCAGAGACUGCGGACACAGUACAGGAGAUGACCAGAGACUGCAGACACAGUACAGGAGAUGACCAGAGACUGCGGACACAGUACAGGAGAUGACCAGAGACUGCGGACAUACAGUACAGGAGAUGACCAGAGACUGCGGACACAGUACAGGAGAUGACCAGAGACUGCGGACACAGUGCAGGGAGAUGACCAGAGACUGCGGACACAGUGCA